AUGUAUUCUACAAAUAAUGAUACAAAUAGUACAACAUUAAAAAGUAAAAAUCUUUUAACUCAAUGUUUUGAUAUUAAAGUUAAUCCAAAUGUUAAAGCACCAAAUCCACAUCAAGAAAUUGAUGAUUAUUUAACUUCAGAAUUUACUUAUAAUUAUGAUGCAAAUUAUUAUAAAGAUGGUGAUAUUGAUGUUUUAUCCUACUGGAGAGAAAAACAAAAUCAAUCACCAGUGUUAGCAUGUUUAGCUAAAACAAUAUAUGCUAUUCCAGCAUCCAAUACCAUUAUCGAACGAUUAUUUUCGGCAUCGAAAAACACAGUUAGCGAAAAACGAACCAAUUUGGGUUCGGAAAAACUUAACCAGCUGUUAUUUUUACAAAAAAAUUUUAUUUUAUUGAAACAACUCUUCUAUGAAAAUGGAAGAAAAAGAACUAUUUCGAUGUCAUCGACAACAACAAUAUCAUCUGAAGAUUCGACAUGUACCAUGCCGAAACAAUUAAAAAUUGAUGAUGAAGAAAAUUAUAAUCCUUCUGAUGACAUUGAUAUAUUUUUUGAUUAA